AUGCAACACAAUGGUGAAGGGGAAGAAGAAAUCACACUCAAGAUGGCCAAAAACGCUCUGAAGGUGACUGUAGACGGCAAGCGUCGCCUCGACCUCAGCAACAUGGCGAUCGCCACAUUUCCCAAGUGCAUCCUGAAGCUCAGCGACAUAGAGGAGCUCGACCUCAGCCGCAACCUUCUCAAGAAGAUCCCAGACGCCAUCGACAAGUUCGUGAACCUCCGUUUGCUGGACCUGCACAGCAACCAUCUGGAGCAGGUUCCUGCGGCUAUCGGCCGCCUGCAUAACCUCUACAGCCUCAACCUGAUCAGACUUAUGAUACAAAACUACGAAAACAAAGCUUAA